AGAGAUAGGUCUCAAUGCCAUGGGCAGGGGUAACUCGGACUGCAGGGUGUGGGAAGGACUGGGGGAGACUGGGGUGAGGAGGGUAGAAGAAGGCGGGUGGUGGGAUGGGGAGAAGGAGAGUGGGGAGGCCCUGGCCAGACCUGGACAGAAGGGGCACAAGGGAGGGCGUGGGUUUCCUGUUGUCAGGGCUAAGUGAGCUAUGGUGACCCAGCUGUCCCUGCUGCUCCUCUUCUUGUUGGCCCCACAGGAUGGGCACAGCUGCCACGGGCCAGAGCUGGACCGAGAGCUUGUCCUGGCCAAGGUGAGGGCCCUGUUCCUGGAUGCCCUAGGGCCUCCACCAGUGGCUGGGGAAAGUGGGGGUCCUGGGGUCAGGCGGCUGCCCCGAAGACAUGCCCUUGGACGCUUCACCCAGAGGACCUCUGAGCCCGAGGAGGAGGAUGUCUCACAGGCCAUCAUUUUCCCAGCCACAGGUGCCACCUGUGAGAACCAGCCAGCAACUGGAAGACUUGACCAGGAGGCUGAGGAGGGUCUCUUCACUUACAUAUUCCAGCCAUCUCAACACAUGCGCAGCCACCAGGUGACUUCAGCCCAGCUGUGGUUCCACACAGGGCUAGACAAGAAGAGCACUGUAGCCUCCAAUAGCUCUGGGCCUCUGCUAGACCUGCUGGUGCUGUCAUCUGGGGGGCCCAUGGCUGUGCCCAUGUCAUUGGGUCAGAGCCCUCCUCGUUGGGCUGUGCUUCAUCUGGCCACCUCUGCUCUCCCUCUGCUGACCCACCCUAUCCUGGUACUACUGCUGCGCUGUCCUCUCUGUUCCUGCUCAGCACGGCCUGAGACCACACCAUUCCUGGUGGCACACACUCGGGUGAGACCACCCAGUGGUGGGGAGAGGGCCCGACGUUCAACUCCCCCGGUGCCCUGGCCUUGGUCUCCUGCAGCCCUGCGCCUGCUGCAGAGGCCUCCAGAGGAACCUGCUGCCCACGCCUACUGCCACCGAGCUGCACUCAACAUCUCCUUCCAGGAGUUGGGCUGGGACCGCUGGAUUGUGCACCCUCCCAGUUUCAUCUUCCAUUACUGCCAUGGUGGCUGUGGGCUGCCUACUCCACCAGAUCUUCCCCUGCCAGUCCCUGGGGUUCCCCCCACUCCUCUGCAGCCUCUCUCUUUGGUUCCAGGGGCCCAGCCCUGUUGUGCUGCCCUCCCAGGAACCAUGAAGCCCCUACAUGUCCGUACUACCUCAGAUGGAGGUUAUUCUUUCAAGUAUGAAACGGUGCCCAAUCUUCUCACUCAACACUGUGCUUGUAUCUAAAGGCAUCUUGUUUCCUCAUCCCACCACUAAUGGCUAGGCCACUAUCAUCAUCAGCUGGGAGGAGGACAAAGUGUGGAAAGUAGAUGGUUCCUACUCCCCCUCUUUCUUCUACCUGAGGGCUUCCUACCCCAUUCCACUCCUGCCCUAUGGAUAACAUGUGACAAUAAAAAACACAGCGCAUAUGA